AUGGCGGCUCAGGCUAACAACUGUACCGCAAAGUACCCGAAGUCAAUCGAAGUUCGAUCAUCCUGCCAGGGCAAAAAUACCUAUCAGCUGCUCAAGCCGGAGUUCUCCACCAUUUCAAUGUUCCAGGUGCGCUGUGACUAUAGCGUUGACGGCCAAGGAUGGAUCGUGAUUCAUCGCCGUUUCGAUGGCAGUUUGAGCUUUUACCGAAACUGGACCGACUACCGGGAUGGAUUCGGAUCGAUUGAACGAGAAUUUUGGCUUGGACUGGAAAAGAUCCAUCAGAUCACACGCAGCGGCAACUAUGAACUUCUGGUGGUGUUGAAGGAUUUCGUUGGAUUCGUAAAAACGGCGCUAUAUUCCAACUUUACGAUAUCGAGUGAAUACGAUAAGUAUCGGCUCACGUACGACGGGUUCCUCGGUGGUUCCGCAGGUGAUAGCUUAGCUCCGUCGAAUGGGAUGAUGUUUUCCACCCCGGACAGUGAUAACGAUAUCAACCAGGUCGUACCGAGCUGUGCGGACUACUACCGAAGCGGUUGGUGGUUUAGGGACUGCCAUGAUGCUAAUUUAAAUGGACAAUAUCGGCGAGAUGCCUUCCGGAAUACUAUGUCGUGGUACGAGUUCUACAAGACCAUCAAAAGUUUGGAGGCAGCGAAAAUGAUGAUACGGGAUGUGAGAAACGGUUAA